GUGCUGGUUUCAACUUCCUGUUUACCACUUGUUCCUUGAGACAGUUCACGGAUUGCAACACUUCAACAGUCGUGUGCUUUUUGAUCAAGACUAAUAAAUACGCUUUUGAAUCGCUGCUGCUACGGAUUUAAUCGUUUUGGAACGGUUAAUAUUUUUUUGUCAUUACUGGGGAAGAGGAGAGGAAAUGAAUAAAUGACAGAGGAAACGUGACUAGGCCAGGAGUCCUCGCGAUUUCCUGAGUCAGGCGCCCGGAAUAUUCCUCUGUCAACAAACGGCUCAAUACAAAACAUACGAGUGAUGAGGGCAAGGACUAAAAACCAGUCAGCAUUCAUUUUUAUAGACAAAACGUUUAGUAAUGUGUUGGAUUUAACUUUAAGUGUGGAUACUUCCUAACAUUAUUUAACUUACGUUAGCUACUUUAGCUAGCCAACCAAAUCCACCACCACUAGCUUAGCCACGUAAACAAAUUACUAUACAUUCUGCUUGCCUGGCAAGUUUUACUAGGAAGGGUUAGCUAGCCUGCUGGCUGGUUAAUAUAUCCUUGUUUCUAGAGGGUACCAGCACAGCGGUGCCCUGAAUUCGGGGAGAAUACCCGGCUCCGGCCCUUUCAAGCGGGCAGUCAGGAAGAAACUGGCUGGGAAGGGAUGGCCUGGUGGGUCUUCCCGUUCCCAAGGUGCUGCGGUGUUUGAGUGCGGAAGAGUUCGGAUAGAACCCACGGUGGGUCUCGGCACGAUGAUGGCUGCAUUCCCUUCCGUGUCUGGGAGUCUCACGGCCUCCGGGCUAAUGAUAUCAGGCAGAAAGACUGAGGAAAUAGCGGAUUUGAUAGAUUUGUUUUCGAAGGCACAGUACAGAGCGAAAGAAGUCACGCCACGGGUUGAGACGAUAGAGAAGCGUUGCUUGGAGCUCUUUGGCCGAGACUACAAGUACAGCGUCAUCCACAACGCCAACGGGGAGGUGUGUGGCCACUACCCCCGACAGAUGGUCUUCCUGGAGUAUGAAUGUACAGAGCUCCAUAAAGACGGGUUUGAGAGCACAGUCCAGAUCACCAAGCUGCAGGAUCUGGUGAACCGCAGUAAGAUGGCCCGCUGCAGAGGGAGGUUUGUCUGCCCUGUCAUCCUCUACAACGGCAAACAUAUCUGUCGAUCAUCCACUCUGGCAGGCUGGGGGGAGCUAUAUGGGCGCACAGGCUACAACUACAUCUUCUCAGGGGGGAUUGAUGACACAUGGGGGGGGGAGGCUGAGCCAGAGGUUCCAGAGGAUGACAGUGCCAGCAACGGGGACUCUCAGCUCUUUGACAAGGUGCGGGGUCUGGACAUCAAGCUGCUGCGCUACCUCUCUGUGCGCUACAUCUGUGACCUCAUGGUGGAGAACAAGAAGGUCAAGUUUGGCCUAAAUGUCACCUCGUCUGAGAAGGUGGAUAAGGCCCAACGCUAUGCAGACUUCACCCUGCUCUCUGUGCCUUACCCAGGGUGUGAGUUCUUUAAGGACUACAAAGAUAGAGACUACACCGCUGAGGGACUAGUAUUCAACUGGAAUCAGGAUUUUGUGGAUGCUCCGUUGACAAUCCCUGUGUGCUUUACCAAGAACUUGAAUAUAGACUGGAGUAAAUAUCAGUCUUGGGACCUGGUCCAGCAGACCCAGAACUACCUGAAGCUGUUGCUUCACAUCAUCAACAGCGACGACGAGAGCGGUCUCCUCGUGCACUGCAUAUCCGGUUGGGACCGGACACCUCUCUUCGUGUCCCUCCUGCGUCUCUCGCUGUGGGCAGACGGUGCCGUCCACGCCAGUCUGGAGCCGGCUGAAAUCCUCUAUCUGACCAUCGCCUACGACUGGUUCCUCUUUGGUCAUAUGCUACCUGAUCGCCUCAGCAAAGGAGAGGAGAUUUUCUUUUUUUGCUUCAAUUUUUUGAAGCACAUUGUCUCAGAGAAGUUCUCUGCCAUGAAGAAACCGAGUUUCCACAGAAGGAAAAACUCUCAUUUCAAAGACACUGAUUUCACAGUGGACGACCUCUGCCAGUUGAAGUCCAGGGACCGGGGCAGCGUGACCAGUCUGAGCAGUGACUUCUCUCUGAUCACGGAGGACGUGGGCGGAGCCACUUGCCUCACCAACGACGCCGUGGACCUGUUUUCCGGCCAGCCCCUGGCAGCCUCCAGCUGGAGGAAGGGACACAACUCGUCCCCACAGACGGUGCUGUGGAACCGGCCCAACCCCCUGCAGGAGCGGCUGGCCCACCCCCUCAGUCAAGAAGCCAAGUCCUCCAGCUCGUCCACCUCCAACCAAUCAGAGCCGGGUUUUACGCACGCCGGCAGCAGUCCUAUGUCUGUGCCCGGGAGAAGGCUGGCGGCAGAGUACGCCCGCUCAGGCUCCUCCCUCUCCACGGACUACGGCAGCUGGCAGAUCGUGUCAGGCUGCGGCUCCAUCCACGACCGCGGACAGUUCCUGCCAAUCCCCACUGCCACCAACGACUUUCCCCUCCCCUUUAUCUUCCAGGACGAGGGGCCCAGCGGACGCAUUUGCCCGUCCCCCUCGGAGCGUCAGGCUCGUCUGGAGACGGUGAGGGAGUUGUUCCUGGCUGCCUACAGCUCCACCGUGGGCCUCAAGUCCAGCGCGCCCAGCCCCUCGGGUGCCAUCUCAGGCCUCCUGGAGCAGUUUGCCCGUGGCGUGGGCCUCCGGGGCACCAACAGCAUCGUCUGAUCUAGGGUCAGGUCUCCCCACCCCAAAUGUGAACUCUGGGCCCGUAAUCAUUGUAUUCAUAAAGUGUCUCAGAGUAGGAAUGCUGAUAUAGGAUCAGUUUUUCCUGUUAGAUCAUAUGGACAGGAAGUCCUGAUUCUAGAUCAGCACUCCUACUGUGAGGCUCUUUGUGAAUAUGGGCCCUGACAACCCCCCCCCCCCCCCCCCCCCCCCUCCCACUAAAUCCCGUCCUAUUGAAUUGCGGUCCACAAUCCGCAUUCAUCUCCAUCGAGGGAAGAUACAUAUCGUAUGGACUCUAAUAAAAAUAAAAAGUGCCAAACUUCUCUAUUCAGGGGUUGAAGCGUCCUUUUAUAUUUGUUAUAUUUUUUUAUAUAUAUACAUCUCAAACGUUACAUACCCUGGGUUUAUUUUGUUCUUUAAAUUUUUUAUUCAUGCAUUUCCUACGUUCUCUCUGGAGUUAUUCCUUUUUUGUUUGCCACAUUUUUUUGUCGAUUCAGGGAGUGUCUUGGGGGGGUGGCAAUGUCAGCCACACUAUCAAUAAGAGACAGAUGACCAUUGUACUUUAACGUAUGGAGCAUUUUUCUUAGGGAUUCGGUGCUAUGAGUGUGGUCAGAGUAAAAUUGACUUGUUACAUUCAAAGCAUAUUAUGUGGAGUUAUUUCUUUUCUGUUUUUAAAGUAAUUAUUUUGUAUUUAACGUGCUGAUCUGUCCUAAAUCGAGGACGCCACACUUCUCUUUAGUGAACGAACACUCAAGAAAUCUGCUAUUCACUGUUGAAUCAGAAGCUGCUAUUCAGUGCCGACUCAGAAGCUGCUAUUCAGUGCCGACUCAGAAGCUGCUAUUCAGUGUUGAAUCAGAAGCUGCUAUUCAGUGUUGAAUCAGAAGCUGCUAUUCAGUGUUGAAUCAGAAGCUGCUAUUCAGUGUUGAAUCAGAAGCUGCUAUUCAGUGUUGAAUCAGAAGCUGCUAUUCAGUGUUGAAUCAGAAGCUGCUAUUCAGUGUUGAAUCAGAAGCUGCUAUUCAGUGUUGAAUCAGAAGCUGCUAUUCAGUGCCGAAUCAAAAGGAAGCGUUAGCCAUAUAAUUGUAGUGAGUACUGUGGUUGUCAUACAAACAGCACUGUGUGCACAAGUGUGUCAGGGCAAUAGAAACAUGCUGUUUCUUUUUAGAACCAAAUUUGGCAUAGAAAAGUCAUAUCAAGCUGGAUGUAGCUUAAUUCUGUAGAAUUUAAUAUGUUGAAUCCUAUCAGCCUAUUUUUGAAUUGGUUACUCGUUUUUAAUAAUUUGACUUUUAAGGUCUGUUAAGUCACUUUUAUGUGCAGACAUUUAAACAAAGAAAUGUUGCGUUGUCGCCAUACAAAACAUUUUUAUGUGCAGACAUUUAAACAAAGAAAUGUUGCGUUGUCGCCAUACAAAACAUUUUUAUGUGCAGACAUUUAAACAAAGAAAUGUUGCGUUGUCGCCAUACAAAACAUUUUCACACGGUCUUCAGUAUGUCUAUGUGCACAUACACACCAUCAUUAGACUGGUCCCAGACCGGUUUGUGCUGUCAUGCUGACUCCUACGGUUGUGGCGUGAACAGAUCCAGGUUACACCAUCAUUACCUGGGCUUCAGACCACAUACCAGAAGCCAGACCUAUUAGUUGGCUGCGUUGAAAGUUCUUUAAAAGUCCUUCACAAGGUUUAGAUUUGAGCCCACUUCUGACAGCUAUUCGUAUGCUCAGUCACUUCAUCUCAACUUUUUUUCUCUCAGUUGUGCGACCUGAUGGCUCCGAGCCACCCUGCUAUCAUCCUUUGUUAUCGUUUUAUGUACUUUGUGGCUGCGUUCCAGACCGACUACAUUGCAGUCGGCUCGCAACACCUGGAUAGGUGUUAAACAUAUCAUCUUACUGCAUCAGAUCUAGCAAUCUGAAACCUGACUGUGCAGUCAAAGACAUGGCACAGAACCAUUGGUCAGUGCGAGCAGCAUGACUGCAAUGCAGUCAGCCUGGAACGUGACCUCUCUUUGUGUCUUAAGCCCCCGGAGGUAGUGUGGGAGACAUCUCUUUAAAAGUUUUGAAUCUAGAUCCGUCUCGUUACACUACACAAGUAUCUCUUCUGGACCUAGUUUGUCCUCAAAGUAGUGUAGUAUAAAGAGGCCCUAACAUGGUUAAUAAUAAAUUCAGCUAGUUUGCUUAACAUUGACAAUAUUGUCAGACUAGCUACAUUAGCCAUAUUGACAAGGUUGUAAUAGUCAAAACAUGGAUUUGUUGCCAUCUUUUGGUUGAAAAGGUAAAAGCUUAGUCCGUGGUGAAACAUCUCAACUCAGUUUCCCACUUGUAAUUGCGACUUGGAGGGUCUUUCAAUUGAAAUGUCCAACUCGGAACUAGAAGAUUCCGAUAACUUAUAGCACUUGAACGCUUCAUUAAUGGCCUAGUAAAAGCUCUCUUAUUGCUGCAUGAGCCAGUAGACUGGAACAGUUCUCUGCCACUGAACAGUGAUCUCUCCCUAUCUAUCCUAUCCUCUCCAUGUUCUCAGUUCCUCUUUGAGUUCCGAAACAAGCCUUUCAGAUCAGGAAGAUGAGACUUUGGCCACGUUACAGGCCACCUACGUUGCUGUUGCCUGCCAGUUCACAUCACGACUGGAUAGGUGUUUAAACAUAUUUAACCACGUCAUAUGAUUUAAGAAAAUCGGAUGCCCGACUGCUAAAUCGAUGACGUGGCACGCAACUAUUAGUUGCAGCAUUACUGCAAUGUAGUCGGCCUGGAAAGCGACCAUUAGGCAGGUAGCGAUUAUGUGGUCCAAUGGCAGUGUUGUGGCGUCAUUGCGUUGAGAGAAUAGUUUAAUGCCUCGUUCACGUCAUGUCGGAGACUCUGAAAUGUACGACUUGCUGAUUCGUUGUAGAAAGAUGAUACUUGGGUUUUCCACUUGAAGUAUCAGAAUCAACCAAUAUGAAGCUCUACGCAAAUUAUUUACAUUCAGUUUAACUUAAAGGUCCCGAGUUUUCGACAAGACGUGAAUGCAGCAUUAGGCAGCACUUACUGGGAUUUGUUUAGCUUGAUUGCGACGCCAAAUUGUUUUGACAGCUGCUGUACAGUACCGUACCUCAGGACCCUUUUUUGUGUCUUUUCACCUGGAGCAGUGGAAGAGAUUCUUAUACUGCUUGAGUUGUUUAAAAAAAUACUUUUUCAGAAUCCACAACGAAACAAAUACGCGCUAGCUACUAUGAUUUAAAACGCAUAAGUAGUUUCGGUCAGUGGAACCGCAAACUGCAAUCUAGUGGCUUUUCCCCUCUAUCAAUCACUUGAAUGCAAAAUGAUUAAUAUUUAUUCAGUCUUUGUUCAAUCACAUUUGUCAAUGGCAAUUUAUCAUAAUGAAGAGUAUUCUUUUGGGAUGAGAUCUUUCUGUCAAUCAGUAUGACAUAGAGCUGUUAAGGGGGUAGUGUUAAGAUUUAAGGAUAUUGGUGCGAGAUGUUACCUUUUCUAGAGUACUCACUUGUCAACCAGUGUGCGGACUGAUGCAAUAUUGUACAUCUGGGUAUACCUCAAUUGUCCAUUCUGUCUCAUUCAAUCUUCCAAAAGUAUUUUUUAUUGAACCUUUAUUUAACUAGGAAAGUCGGUUAAGAACAAAUUCAUAUUUAGAAUGACGGCCUACACCGUCCAAACCCAGACUUCAUUGGAAGCUUACCUGGUUGCUUUCACUUGUCCAAUCCUUUAAAAUCAAAAGGAAACCACUGUGCCAUUGGUCCUUCCUCCCACCUGAAUUUGAGAGAUGUUUACUUUUUAUUUUUUAUGAUUUUAAUUAUUUUACUACCAUCACAUCCUGUAGUAAACAACUCUGAUAUGAUUUAUCAUACCAAAGAAAUAUUGAAUAUGUCCAUGGUAGGAUACAUUGGUGGCACUUGGUUCUAUUCCUAUAGGUCCCUGAUGGUGGCUAUAGGCAGCCCGCCAGCCCUAGAGCCCCUAGAUUGUUUACAGUUGAUCCACACCACUCACUUCACACUGGGCACUUACCUUUUAGAAUUACACAAGCACCUCAAGCGAUUGUUAAAACUAGUUUAAUAUAGUACUUUUAGUAUGUUUUUUUUUUUUUUUUGUACCACUCUUGAUUUUACUGAAAUGCUUCAUUGCACACUAAUUUUACCUAUAUUGUCUGUGUCAAUAGAUUGACGUGUUUUUCUUUUAUCAUGUUUUUAAGUUGCUCUUUAAUUGUCGCCAGUGAGGCUACAUUGAGAAAGGUGAAUUGAUCUGCAGGUGGUAAUUAUGAAUAAAGAAGAAACAAAGG